AGGGGGAAAGAGGGGAAAAGUGGGCGCGGGGGGGCUGCGCCUACGCAUUGCCCACCGCACCUUGCCGCCCGCCGACCGCCAGUCAGCAACUGUGACUCGUGUUGGCUGAACCAUCUGUAGGGCCAUCUUCUUUUUCUUUUCGUAGGACACCCAAAUCCACACAAACACAAUGGCGGAUGAUGAAAAAAAGCGUCUCGAUGAGGCGAAGAAGGCCAAACAGGCCGAGAUUGACCGCAAGCGCGCCGAGGUGCGCAAGCGGAUGGAGGAAGCCUCCAAGGCCAAAAAGGCGAAGAAAGGUUUCAUGACACCAGAGAGAAAGAAGAAACUUAGGUUGCUCCUCCGUAAAAAAGCCGCUGAGGAAUUGAAGAAGGAACAGGAACGCAAAGCAGCCGAAAGAAGGCGCAUCAUUGAAGAGAGGUGCGGCAAACCCAAGAACGUUGACGAUGCAAACGAAGAUACAGUUGCAAGGAUUUGCAAAGAGUACCACACCCGCAUCGGCAACCUCGAAGACCAAAAGUUCGAUUUGGAAUACAUCGUUAAAAGGAAAGACAUGGAGAUCUCCGACCUGAACUCUCAAGUCAAUGACCUCAGAGGCAAAUUCGUCAAACCAACACUCAAGAAGGUGUCCAAAUAUGAAAACAAAUUCGCCAAGCUCCAGAAGAAGGCUGCUGAAUUCAACUUCCGUAAUCAAUUGAAGGUUGUCAAAAAGAAGGAAUUCACCCUUGAAGAAGAAGACAAAGAGGCCAAGAAAGCAGAGAAAGCUGAUUGGGCUAUCGGCAAGAAGUGAAUUUGCUUUACAUAUGAAUUAUAUUCAGAAAACUAUUUCCAUCGCAUCAACUUUAUGACGAUUUAAUUAUUCUAAUUUAUCAUUUAAUUUUUUAAUAAAAAUAUUUGUUUUUUAUUGGUUAAUUGUUUAAAAUUUCCUAUGAAUGUCAAAUCUGACAAAAAAGAGGUGAGAAAUGUUUGAAGCGCGAGCGUACAUUAUGCUUCUCCCCUGCGUAUAUUAUGUGAAUAUUGUGUUCAACAUAACAUAUUUUGUUUUAUGAAAAUCCUACUAGAGCUUCAGCUGAAACUUAAAAAUAAAACAUGUUCUAUACGGCUUCGCAAAUCUUGAGUUGUUAGGUUUAAAUUCAAGUUUUAAUUUUUCUGUGCUAAUAUAGACACCUUUCUUGACUAACAAUUCAUUUUACCCAUCACCUAAGAUUAAUUAAAUUCCAGGUUCUACUUUUAGCGUUUUGUUUCUUUGAAAGCAAUAUAAUCUAAAUAUUGCAAUCCAGGUCUAUGAAUGGUUUCAAUAAUUACAAUAUUUACAGGGUGGUGCUGGCGCUAAG